AUCCAAAGAUGUUUGGGCUUGGCAGCGGAAAGGGCCUGGGCUGGGAGUAGUCAGGGAAUAGGUACCCCCCCGAUCAUUGUGCCUUUGGGCUUUCGUGGGUGGGCUAUCACCUUGGGGUUAACAGGCUCCGAGUGGUCACGAGGUUAACGGACCCUCGGCCCAUGGCCUGUAACCUUUCCUUCCAAAAAAAAAAAAAAAAGAGCAAGGUCUGAAGAUUUGCUACUUGCUUGAGAGAUUCCGACGACAUCAUCAAAGGUCUGUCGAGUUGAAUUUAUACUUUUUGUUUUUCAUAUUGUAAUUGUACCAAUUGUCACCGAAGGCCUUAUUUAUACUUUAUUUAUUGAUUAUCUUUGGAUUUGAUAAAAAAUCAAAUAAAAUUUAUACUUCUCC